AUGAGUCCAUAUGCCAUGUUCCCCAGCUCCAGCAUGUCCACCCCCUUCUCCGUGAAGGACAUUCUAAACCUGGAGCAGGCCCACUGCGUCCUGGCGUCUCAUCUGGACGCGUGCGCCGCAUCUUCCUCUUCUUCCUCGCCCUCCUCAUCCUCGUGCAUGAUGCAGGCCCAGCUGAAGCACGAGUCUCUGCGGGACAUGGCGCUGUUUGGGGACGGAGUCAGCGAUGCCAAAGGAAGCAGCUGCAGAGGAGCCCCUGUGCUCAACUAUACUCCGGCCUUUUAUGGCAAAUCUGUCCUGGACAUGGAUCUGGAGAAGGACGUGACCCCGGACGCGUAUGAAGACAAACUGACAAAAGAGGAGUUCGCAGACCCCUCGGACGUCCUGAAGCCAGAGGAGCACGAGCGGCCCCUGAAAACCCGCAGGCGCAGAAAGCCCCGGGUGCUCUUCUCACAGGCUCAGGUGCAUGAGCUGGAGCGCCGCUUCAGACAACAGCGCUACCUGUCCGCUCCAGAGAGGGACCACCUGGCCGGAGUGCUCAAGCUCACCCCCACACAGGUCAAGAUCUGGUUCCAGAACCGCCGCUACAAGUGUAAGAGACAGAGGCAGGACCAAAGCCUGGAGAUGGUGUCUCUGCCCCCGCCACGGAGGGUCUCUGUCCCGGUGCUGGUGCGCGAUGGAAAACCCUGUCUCGCUGCGGACUCUGCGGCCUAUAACCCGUCCUACUUUCCCUACAACAACUACCCCACUUUUAGCAACUACACGAGCCCCGGCUGCAACACGAACUACGCCUGCAACUAUCCUGCCUCCAGCUCGCAGACUGUGCAGAGCACAUCCAGCAGCGGAUACGUGAACUUUGGAGAGCUUACACCGGUUCAGAGCUUCUCCUCCGGGGCAGUCUCCUCUCUGCACGGCAUCAGGACGUGGUGA